ACCCGAUUUCGUUUCCUUGAGUUAUUGCUUUUUUUGUCAUCAUGGGUUCUGUUGUUCUGCCUCAUUUGCGCACUGCGUGGCACGUUGAUCAAGCUAUUCUCUCGGAAGAAGACAGGCUAGUGGUUAUUAGAUUUGGCAGGGAUCAUGACGUCGACUGCAUGCGCCAGGAUGAAGUGCUCUUCAAGAUUGCCGAGCGAGUAAAGAACUUUGCCGUCAUCUACCUCUGUGAUAUUGACGAGGUGCCCGAGUUCAAUACAAUGUAUGAACUUUUUGAUCCAAUGACGAUCAUGUUCUUCUUCCGGAACAAGCACAUCAUGUGCGAUUUCGGAACCGGUAACAACAAUAAGUUGAACUGGGUCCUUGAAGAUAAGCAAGAGUUGAUUGAUAUCAUUGAGACGAUCUACAAGGGCGCCAGGAAAGGAAGGGGUCUUGUUGUUAGCCCGAAAGAUUACUCUACAAGAUACCGGUAUUGA